AUGUCACCAGGAAUUCUUGUCGACGAUAGCCCCAAGUUGACCAACGGUUAUUCCAAACAACAUGCCUCGACGUACGACAUUACGGAGCAGCCGUUGGGUACGCCGCGAAAGCUGCGUAUAGUUACCAUCGGCGCAGGUGCAAGCGGUCUCAACUUGGCUCAUCAGAUUGAGCAGCAUAUGGAGAAUGUCGAGCACGUAAUAUACGAGAAGAACGCCGAUGUCGGUGGCACUUGGUUUGAAAACAGAUAUCCUGGUUGCGCAUGUGAUAUCCCCAGUCACAAUUAUCAGUUUACUUGGGAACCCUAUGCACGAUGGACCAGCUUUUAUUCUGCGGCCCCAGAAAUCCUGGAAUACUUCAAAGCUGUUGCAUCGAAACAUGGAUUAUACAAAUACAUCAAGCUCCAGCACAAGGUUGUGGAGGCAGUCUGGGACGAAGAUACUAAUCGAUGGCUCCUCAAGAUCGAAGACCUCUCAACUAGGUCGAUUUUGAAUGAUUGGUGCGACUUUCUCAUUAAUGGCUCCGGUAUUCUCAAUAACUGGAAAUGGCCGAGCAUCCCAGGACUGCAUUCCUUCAAAGGAACCCUUGUUCACAGCGCCAAUUGGCCAGACACGGUGGAUUUGAAAGGUAAAACUGUAGCCGUGUUGGGCUGUGGCUCCUCUGGGGUUCAGAUAGUACCAGCCAUUCAACCAGAUGUCCAUCGAUUGGUAACAUUCAUCCGGUCGCCCACGUGGAUCACAGCCGGCUACGCCCAGAAUAAAGCAGGCCCAGGAGGAUCGAAUUUCAAGUUCACAGAGGCUCAAAAACUCUCGUUCGAGAAUGAUCCGAAAGCCUAUCUUACAUAUCGGAAAGAGGUCGAGAGCGAGCUUAAUUCCCGGUUUAAAUUUAUUAUCAAGGAUAGUUUAGAGCAGGCUGAAGCGCGACGUUACUCGAUCAACGAGAUGACGGCCAAACUGGGCCGCGAUGAACGCCUUGUCAAACAUCUCAUUCCCGAUUUUGCCGUCGGUUGUCGACGCCCAACCCCUGGAAAUGGAUACCUCGAGGCUCUGACUCAGUCUAACGUUCGAGUCGUGACAGACCACAUCGAAAGGAUAGAGGAAAGGGGCAUCGUCCUCGAAACUGGUGAACUCCUCGAAGUCGAUGUCUUCAUUUGUGCAACCGGGUUUGACAUAUCCUUUUGCCCCCGAUUUCCCUUGAUCGGUCGAGGAGGAGUGUCUCUGGAAGAUCAGUGGAAGCAGAAACCGGAAGCCUACUUGUCGCUGGCUGCUCCCAAUUUCCCCAACUAUUUCAUGUUCCUUGGACCCAAUGCUCCCAUUGGGCACGGCUCAGUCCUGCCGAUUGUCGAGCAUGCGGCCAAAUACAUCAUCAACGUAUUGCGGAAAGCCCAGACGCAGGGAAUCAAGAACCUGUCUCCUUCGGCCGCAGCCGUCCGUGACUUCAACGACCAUGUCACGGAAUACAUGACGCGGACGGCUUGGAGCACCGGCUGCCGUUCGUGGUUCAAGAAUGGGAAGAUCGACGGGCCGGUCGUCGCUCUGCACCCGGGGAGUCGCAUCCAUUGGUUCCACAUGCUGGACCAUCCUCGCCUCGAGGAUUUCGAGAUCGAGUACUCAUCGCCGAACCGCUUCGCGUAUCUCGGGAACGGGUUUUCGACCAGGGAGGGGCCAGGCCUCGACACGGCGUACUAUUUUGACGAUCCUGAGCACGGAUUCGAGGAGUACUAGUUAGGUGAGGCCAAUAUUAUUGCCGGACAGCACUCAAUACGAUCGGCGGACAGAUAGAGGUGUUGUGCUAUAGAACUUUGGUCGCGUUACUACGCGAGGGGGUGACAGG